CGUAACUUGACCGUAACCUUAAAAUAUUACCAAAAUAUUCAUAAAAUAGAAAAUAAACAACAUAAUCGGCAAACACAAAUGCACACAUUACUCUACUUAAUGCUUUAAUUUUAAUGUUUUUUUAUAGUUAGUGAUAUUAAUAUAAAAUGUUUACCAAUAUAAAUGGGAAUCUUAAAAGCUACGAAUGUUUUAUUUUUUGUGCAUAAGUGUUUCUGUAGCAGCAAAGCAGCAAAGAAAAAUACCGCAAUGAAAUAUCUUAAUGUAGCAGAAAAAAAUGAUGCUGCAAAAAAUAUUGCCAGUAUUCUUUCAAGGGGAGCCAGUACUCGAAGAGAAGGUUUUUCUAAGUUCAAUAAAAUUUAUGAAUUUAAUGCAACCGUUUUUGGUCAACCAGCACAAAUGGUUAUGACUUCAGUAUCUGGACAUUUGAUGAAUUAUGAAUUUGGUGUUGCAUUUAAGAGUUGGCAAUCUACUAGUCCUUUGUCCCUGUUUGAUGCACCUAUUUACAAGAAUUGUUCAGCAGACUACUCAAAUAUAAAGAGAACUCUUGAAAGAGAAAUUCGUUCAUGUGAUGGUUUGAUUAUUUGGACCGAUUGUGAUAGAGAAGGAGAAAACAUUGGCUAUGAAAUAAUUGAUGUUUGCAAAAAUACCAAACCAAAUAUAAGAGUUUAUCGUGCCACAUUUUCUGAAAUUACAGCUGUUUCUGUCUUUAGAGCUCUUAAUAAUUUAGGCCAGCCAAAUAAGAACGUUAGUGAUGCAGUAGAUGUUAGACAAGAACUGGAUCUAAGAACUGGGGCUGCAUUUACCCGACUUCAAACAUUGCGUUUGCAAAAAGUUUUCCCUCAAAAAUUAGCAGAUAAGUUGAUAAGCUAUGGUUCCUGCCAAUUUCCUACUUUAGGUUUUGUAGUAGAACGUUACAAAGCUAUUGAAGACUUUAUAUCUGAACCAUUUUGGAGAAUAAAAAUGAAUCACAAGAAAGAAGAUCUCACAGUGGAUUAUAAUUGGAAACGAGAUCGGUUGUUUGAUAAAAAAGCUUGUCAGGCUUUUUUAGAUAUUUGUCAAGAGCACAGUAUUGCAACAGUUGAGAAUAUUGAAAGUAAACCUAAAAAUAAAUGGAGACCUGUGCCUUUAGAUACUGUGGAGUUUGAAAAGAAUGCCUCAAGAAAACUUAAAAUAAAUGCCAAAGACGCUAUGAAAAUUGCUGAGAAGUUAUACACCCAAGGUUAUAUUAGUUAUCCUCGUACUGAAACUAAUAUCUUCCCUAAAGAACUUAAUUUAAGAAAUCUGGUUGAACAACAGGUGAAUGAUAAUAAUUGGGGUCCGUUUGCUCAGAGAAUCAUAAACGAAGGAGGGCCUAAUCCUCGACAAGGUCGAAAAUCCGAUCAGGCCCAUCCGCCCAUUCAUCCCACAAAAUACGUAAAUACCUUGACAGGUAACGACCAGAGAGUUUACGAGUACAUAGUGCGACAUUUUUUAGCGUGUGUUAGUAAGGACGCGGUUGGUCAUGAAACCACGGUGCAUGUGGACAUAGCCAACGAAAAAUUCGUAGCCAAAGGUUUAAUGAUACUCGAAAAAAAUUAUUUGGAAAUUUACAUUUACGAAAAAUGGAACGCUAAGGAAAUUCACAUUUAUCAAGUUGGUGAAACUUUUACACCUACCGAAUUAACUAUGGUGGAAAGCAGUACGAAUCCUCCAAAACUUUUAACUGAAGCAGAUUUGAUAGCCCUUAUGGAAAAACAUGGUAUAGGUACAGAUGCUACUCAUGCCGAACACAUAGAUACGAUAAAAACCCGUGAAUAUGUAGGAUUACAGGAAAACAUCUAUUUUGUACCAGGGACAUUGGGAAUGGGCCUAGUUGAAGGAUACAAUAAUAUUGGAUUGGAAGUAUCACUAGCUAAACCUAAUUUGCGAGCAGAAUUCGAAAAUGAUUUAAAGUUAAUCUGUGAAGGUCGAAAAAAUGCUGAUGUUGUUCGUCGCGAGCAAAUUGAAAAGUACAAGGCCGUUUUCAGAACUGUAAUGGAUAAAAUGAACGAGAUUGAUAAUUCAUUAGCGAAUAGAUUGAAUGAUAUUCCAAUUCAAAUCCAAGAUAAUAUUAGUAUGGAAGAACAUAAACCUGUAAUGAAAUGUCCCAAAUGCGGCAACGAUAUGAUCGUGAAGACGCGCAAAAAUGGGAUGGGAAAAUACAUUUCUUGCAGCGCUUUUCCGAACUGUAAAAACUCGAUUUGGUUUCCACUUACUGUUGAAACAGUAGACGUUUUGGAUGAGGAUUGUGUCACGUGUGGACCUAACGUUAAAAAACUGAAAAUAAAGUUCAAACAAAACUUGUUCCCAGGAGAACCUAAUCCUAAUACUUUAUGCAUAGGUGGUUGUGAUAUACAUGUGCUAGACACUUUAGAAAUAAUACCCGGUUCAGUAAGGCAAGUUACUCUAAAUCCAGUUCUUCGAAACCCCAAUGCAAGGGGACCACACAACAAUCAAAGAAACAAUAAUACUUCAUCAACAAGAACAGAAAGCAUAUUAAACAAUACCAUUGCUAACAAUAGAGACAGCGGUUUCAGUUCUUUAGGAAAUGUAACCGUAAACAAUUGUACUAACAGACCAUCUCAAAUACAAAGUCUCAAUAAUAUUCCGAGGCAGACUACAGAAAGAAUUACCAAUGUUUUACCUCAACCGAGAGGAAGUGGAGCAGGUAAUUCUAAUGUAAGUUCAUUAAACUCGUCAUUUGUUGGAAACGAAGAACCUCAUAUAGUAUGUUUAUGUGGCGAGCAAGCUUCAUUAUUAACAGUUCGGAAAGAAGGACCUAAUACAGGAAGACAAUUCUAUAAAUGCAGACGUGGUAAAGAAGGAGGUGGUUGCGACUUCUUUUUGUGGGCUGAUGAAGACCGUAAUUUAACUUUAAACAAUACACGGGUACUUCCGGGAGCAAGUACUACACCAGUAUGUAUGUGUAAUACACCAGCUACAUUAAGAACAGUUUCAAAAGCAGGUCCUAACAAAGGUCGACAAUUUUAUUGUUGCCCUAAACCGAUGGGACAGGGAUGUAACUUUUUCAAGUGGGCAGACGAGACGGACAAUAGGAGUACAAACAAUGGUAACGAUGGUGAUGAUGAUGACGAUGACCCCGCAGACGAUGAUGGUUGGGGAGGUAGAGGUGGUGGUCGAAGUAUUUUAAAUACGUCUGCUACAUUCAAGGGAGCAAGCAAUUGGAAAAAAAAUUCAGGAGGAAAGGCUAAGGGUAGAACGAAAAGUACAACUCGUCAAGUUCCCUACCAAAAGCCGAGGGGCAAAAGAAAAUGCGGAAUUUGUGGACAAGAAGGCCACACAAGGAAAAACUGCCCAAAUAGUUGAAGAAGUAAGAAACUUAAGUCACUUUUUUGUACAGUGUAUAUAAUAUUUUGUUAAUAUUGACAAGUAUUAGUAGAUAAAUAAAUCUUUUGUACGUUG